UUGUACUGCGUAGUCGACAAGACUAACUAAUAACGCCCUCUGAAAAAAAAUCUAAAUAAGCUAAAACUUUUGUAGGCCUGUAUAUAGUAUAAUCCUAGCUUUACGCAAUUUUAUCACGAUUUGUAGGGGCUGUACAGCCUCAUCUUUUUGAUUAUAUUGUUGUUGUUGGGGUGUCCAACUGGCGACCAUGACCAUCUGGCGCACGGUCACUGUAGAGAAGCACUCAUCCCGCCAUGGUCAGAAGAUGGCGUCACGGCCUCGAGGAUGGGGCAGACGCUAUUAUCUGGUGUGGGGAGAACAUAGACGGCGGAUGCCCAAGUCCCUCAAUAUCAUGGAGAUGGAGACAUGUCUGGGCGGACUGGCGGAAGCUGAUAGCGGCGGUCGAGGGCCUCGCACGGAUACACGGGCACAUGUAAAGGGGGACGAUUCCAAACUCCAAAAGCAAGCGGGACUCGACUUUGAGACUGCGGUGAGGUGUUGAGAGAGGGCACAUGUGUGCCAAAAGAGAAGGGAGCACUGCG